GGGUUAUCAUCGCUCUGCCUAUUCAUCAGUUUCGCCCGCCGUCGCCGUCACCGUCACCGCCGUCUCCAUCACUAUACCGUCGAGCCCUUUUGCUGCAACACUUAGUAUCAGGAAUGGGAGCUGACGAGGUUAUAGUGGAGCAGACUCCUUCUGGAACAACGUCUGAAUCUAUUGAAGCCUUGCUUGAGGCUGCCAGAUAUGAUGAUUUGGAUGAUGUCAUGAGCUUAGCAUCUUCUGGUGUUUCUCUCGAUUCAAAGGAUUCUGAGGGACGAACAGCGCUCCAUAUGGCUUCAGCAAAUGGGCAUUAUGGCAUCGUAGAGUAUCUUAUUCGUAAUGGAGCGGAUGUUAAUGCUUCCAAUGUGGAGAAAAAUACACCUCUUCAUUGGGCUUGUCUAAACGGACAUAUCGAGGUAGUGAAGACCUUAAUCCUUGCUGGUGCAACUGUCUCAGCCUUGAAUAGCCAUGAGAAGACUCCAAUCGACGAGGUCGUGUGUAGGGGUAAAAUGAACGUCAUCGAUGCGAUCAACGAGGCGGUAGCGCAACUUGAACUCACUGGCACAACGGUAUCAUAAGAAGUCAAAAUUUUACUUGUACAUUUUUCAUGUGAGGAUGCAAAAGUCUUACUGGUGGUCACUAUGUACAAAUAUUUUCUAAUAACUUAAAUAGCCUCUCUUUCAAGUAUUAUGUAAGCUUUGAACUUCUAGUGCUCUCUCACAUCAUAUUUGGUGACUAAGUUGACAAUGGCAAAUGAUGCAUACUCCAUUAUGUUAGUAACAAUUUCCUUGACCAAUUUA